GUGCGGACGGGCCAGGUGACGCGGGCGGCACGGCCAGGUACCGGGGGAACGCCCGCCGGCGCGUCGUGCGCCGGGCUCGGAGCCGGAGCGGCCGGCCCACACCGCGCCUGCCCGGGCGCCCACCUGGCCCGCACCUGGCCCGCACCUGGCCGCCCCCUGGCGGGCGGGGCGCGCCGCCUCCCAGCGAGCUGCACAGGAAGUGGGGGGCGGGGACGGGGAGGGACCGAGGGCCGGAGCCCUGCGCGGCCGCCCGGCCGGGGCGCGGAACCUGGAAGCGGACAGGCCGCACCUCGGCCGCGGCACCAGGCUGCCCUCCGCCUGCGGUCCAGGCCCCUGUGACCACUCACCAUGUCUCAGCGGCACUCUGACAGCUCCUUGGAACAGAAGCUCCUGGAAUGCCGCUUCCACUCAGAGCUACAGCUCGAUGCCCAGGGGAACCCAGCACCCAGCCUCCGGAUGGCCCGAGGCUCCCUGCGGCUUAGGGGCGACGCCACCACCCAGCUGGACGCCCUGGCGCCCCCGCCUCCGGCCCCUGAGGAUGAGGAGACAAGGGCCACGGUCCUGAGCACACACAGCCCCGUGGCCCUCAGGAUGGGCACUCAGCAGCUGAUCCCUCGGAGCCUGGCCAUGGCCAGCAAGACCAAGACCCCAGCCCGCCACCAGAGCUUCGGAGCAGCCGUGCUCAGCAAGGAGGCCUCCCGGCGGGACCCCCGGCUCCUCCCGACCGCCAGCUUCUCCCUGGACGACAUGGCCGUGGACACGGGCUCCGGCGCGGUGCUGAGGCGGAACCUGAGGAACCAGUCCUACCGAGCGGCCAUGAGGGGCGCGGGGCCGCCAGGAGGCGAGGGGGGCUCCAUUCAGCUCAGCCCCAGGCUCCAGGCCCUAGCCGAGGAGCCCAGCCAGCCACCUCGGCACCCCGCCAGAAAUAAGAGAACGCUGGGGCGGAAACGUGCACACAAGGGUUCAUUCAAGGAUGACCCCCGGUUCUACCAGGAGGUCCGGGAGCGUGGCCUGAACACCAGCCACGAGUCUGACGACGACCUGCUCGAUGAGCCGUCCGGUCCCGAAGGAGCCCAGAAGGUGGGCGGCCCCAUCGUGGUUAGGAGCUACCGGCCCCCGCAGGUCACCUGGAGCCGGCUGCCGGAGGUGGUAGAGUCAGGCAUCCUGGACAAGCUGCCCGCUGAGGAGCGCAAGAGACAGGAGGCCAUUUUCGAGAUCCUCACAUCCGAGUUCUCCUACCAGCACAGCCUGGGCAUCCUGGUGGCCCAGUUUCUGCAGGCCCAAGAGCUGCGGGCCACCAUGACGCAGACAGAGCACCACCACCUCUUCUCCAACAUCCUGGACGUCCUGGGCGCCAGUCGGAGGUUCUUCGAGGACCUGGAGCAGCGGCACAAGGCACAGGUGUGCGUGGAUGACAUCAGCGACAUCCUGGAGGAGCACGCGGAGAAGCACUUCCACCCCUACGUGGCCUACUGCUCCAACGAGGUCUACCAGCAGCGCGCCCUGCAGAGGCUGACAAGCAGCAAUUCCGCCUUCCGCGAGGUCCUGAGAGAGAUCGAGAAGCGGCCCGCAUGCAGGGGGCUGCCUAUGAUCUCCUUCCUGAUCCUCCCCAUGCAGAGGGUGACCCGGCUGCCCCUCCUGACCGACACGCUGUGCCUCAAGACCCAGGGCCAGCCUGAGAGGUACAAGGCUGCCAGCCGUGCACUCAAGGCCAUGAGCAAGCUGGUGAGACAGUGCAAUGAGGGGGCCCACAGGAUGGAGCGCACGGAGCAGAUGUACACGCUGCACACACAGCUGGACUUUGGCAAGGUCAAGUCCCUCCCGCUGAUCUCCGCCUCCCGCUGGCUGCUGAAGCGUGGGGAGCUUUCUGUGGCAGAAGAAACUGGGCUUUUCCGAAAACUCGCCAGCCGGCCAACGUGCUACCUGUUCCUGUUCAAUGACGUCCUGGUGGUCACCAGGAAGAAGAGUGAGGACAGCUUCGUGGUCCAGGACUACGCCCAGGUGGACGACAUCCAGGUCCAGAAGGUGGAGCCCUCGGAGACCAACCUGCCAGGGGGCGGCAACCGCAGCUCCUCCGUGCCGUACCUGUUCCAGGUGGCCCUGCUGCGCAACAGCGAGGGCCGCCAGGAGAAGAUCCUGCUGUCUGCCGACUCCGCGAGUGACCGUGCCCGGUGGAUCAUGGCGCUCACCCACGGGGAGCGGCUGGGGCAGGGCCCCCACAGCAAAGAAGACCUGCUGCAGGUGGAGGUCACCAGGGCCUACUUGGCCAAGCAGGCGGACGAGGUCACACUGCAGCAGGCCGACGUGGUGCUGGUCCUGGAGCAGGUGGACGGACCCUACCCUCACCUGCCCCACGUCUGGGUCCAGGUUGGUUCUACGGUGAAAGGCUGAGGGAUGGAGAGACAGGCUGGUUCCCCGAGGACUUUGCCCGGCACAUCACCAGCCCCGUGGCUGUGGAGGACAACAUGCGCAGGAUGGAGCGGCUGCGCAUGGAGACAGAUGUGUAGCCCGUUGUGCCGGCACCUCACGAGGCCGGGCAGCUGCAGCCCCGCUCCAGCGAGCGGCUGUGCCAGACGGCAGGGAGCACGUGGGCCUGUCCCAGAAGCCGUGAUGGGCCCUCAGCUCCCCAAGGACCCAUGGGUGCUGCUGAGGACAUUCCCAGGGGGAGGGUCACACUGCCCCCGCCCCCGGGGUGUCCUCCGGCUCUCAGAGUCACGUGGGCCCCACGGAUCCUGACCCCACCCUCCCAUCCCCCAGCGGGCAGAGGACCAGCUCUCCCUGCGCCCCUCCUGUCCCACUGCACCAUGUGGGCCAAGGAGGACUGUGAAUGCCCAGGGCUGGACACUUAACCAGAGCUGGGCCAGCUACGGGGAUGUGACCCUGCUGUAAAAUUGCUACUUUGCUUCCA